GCAAUACGUAUGUAAACUCAGGAAAGCCCGUCGAACUGAUAUCUACCGCUGCACUCAUGAUGCUGAAGACGGACUGGACUACCGGCAAUGCGUGGCUGCUGCCAGAAGGAUUGGACUUCGAAGUCCUUGACGACAUCGUACCUGUCAUUUCCGCACUCAGCGACACCGUCCAACAUCCGAUCAUGGGCACCUACGUCGACGUAAACUUGGAGAACAACUUUUCGACGAUGUUAUCUUCUGAUAGUCUGGCCUUUAUGACUAUCAGUGCCCGCUCUUGCAACUUCUUGUCCCCAGCUGCGGUGUAGAGCCAUCCACUUAUGACUGCGCCGAUGUAAAGAACGCGACCAUGUACCUUCCCGUGUGUUGCUCGGCCGCGAAGUCUCUCGUCCUACCAGAGUGCUCGGAGGCUAAUGGUGAUGUUCCCGGUAUACGGGUAAAAUAUGUAUGCCUGCCACCUGCCAGCAAUCAUAUGAGUAUCCUUGAAGC